CCAUGAGACAACAUAACUGUUAGAUAACAGUGCUUCAUGAAUGUUACAUUUCAGCCAGCUAUAAUCAAAAUAUCAAUAACAAUAGAAAAUAUUUUAAACAGUGACAGCGUGAGAAGGAUUGUUUAAUGAACCUACAUAAUAUCACUACCUGCACCAGCAGCUCCUCUUACAGUUGCGAAGUGGGUUUCAGCUCAUUGGUUUAUCCUUUUAGUUCACUCUCACAACUUUGCUUCUUCUUCUUCUUCUUUUUUAAAAGAAAGCACUGAAAGCUCGACCAUAUUGUAGUAGCUCACCAUGAAACUGCAGACAAACACUAGCUGAAAAUAGCAUGAGCCACGAAGAGACAGUUAUUUAGUUCACGGGUUUGCCGACACGCAAAGAUAAACCAAGCUAAAGCUGUGUGACUAUCUGAAAAAUUUAAUGAUAACAAUAUCAAUAUUGCUCUGUGAACCAAAACUAACUGUAACCCAUGGUCUUUUUUCUCUUUUUCAAUGGUCCACUUCAGACGGGGGGUUGGAUUACCACUGGGAUUCUUGUGUAAAAGGUUAUAAUCAGUUAAAUAAGCUUCACCAGCUGUCCAACAGCAGUGUGGUCGACGGAGCUGAGAGCCAGCUUGAGCUGUGCCCCGGUCAGACCUUCCAGGUGUCACUUCUGCUCUCCCACCUGCUGGAUGCCCCAACUCACAACUCUGACGUGCUGCUGCAGCCGUAUCUGUCCAGCUGGGACGAGCUUGUCAAGUUCAUGGACUCUCUGGGGCCAAUGGUGGGACUGAUAUCUAAAGAGAUAGAAAGUAAGACUUCUAUAAUUCGCCAGCUGGCCCUGACGGCAGACGGGAACCCUGAAGCAGAGGUAGACCCGGAUCUACAUUCCAUAAACUCUGUAAACUCACAGGGUGGUGGGACAAAGAAUAAGGCGUCGGUGCACACCAGUGCUUAUCACUCUGUGCGCUCUAUGAUCUCGAUGGAGCUGAAUCAAGGCCUGGUGAGUUUCCACCACCAGACAGACUCUGGAAGCCGGACUCUACUGCGCCUGCAUCGCGCUCUGCUUUGGCUGAAGCUCUUCCUGGAGAAGCUGGCUGAGACACCAGUGGAGGGACGGCUCAGGAGUCCCUCUGACCUGUGUCGUGAGGCCUACAAGAGCACCCUUGCUCAACACCAUGCAUGGUACGUCCGCAAGGCCGCUGAGCUGGCCUUCAUUGCCCUGCCAGAGCGGGGCUUCUUUUUCAGGCUGGUGUGCGUGCAGAACCAGGAGGAGCUGAGCAAAGUGCUACACAGGGUGUCUCGGGCCAUCGGAGAGGUUUAUGACCGGACACAGAAAGCUCUGGAGGAAAAUGGCAUGCUGGACUUGCCAUAAAAAAUGAGAUAAUCAGACUGGACACAGGGGCACUGCUGCUGUUUUACCCUUCUUUGGAUUGUGCUUCUGCUCUGUAUCCUUGGCGUCAUAUAUUGGAUUUAGAUACAAAUAAGAUGCAAGCUUUUUUUGAAGAAUUGACUUGUUUUUCAUCCAGAACUCAGCUUUUUUCUUCUUCUACGGACCAAAGUGCUGAGUCAACAAUCAACAUGUGACAUUCAGCUUUACUUUGAUGUUUCUCAUCAGAUUUUAUGGGGUACUAUCUCAAACUUUGUUGCUGAUGAUUAUGGUUUAGACUGUGCAUUAUUUACAAAAAUAGAAUUGAUUUUUUUUUAAUAGCGCAUGUGUAACUAAAAUUGAAAAUUGGUAAUCGCUAUAUUAAAAAGAACUGCUCUUUUACAGUGUUAUUCCUCUGGUAAAUUACCUCGUAACUAUGGUGUUGGUCUGAAAUCUCCACACGACCAAACGGAUUAGAAAGUUACUGCUUCACAGUGAUGCUGUGUGUAGAGCAUGAAUUUGUUAUUUUUACAUCUAUGUCAUUUUUU